GGAAGGUCAUGGUCACCGUGUCCCCCCCCUCAGCCCACAUGACCCCGGGCCCGGGCACGGGCAGGGUGACGGCGCGACUCCAGGCCCAGGCCCCAACUCAACCCUUGACCCCGUCCCGACCCCAACCGGUGACCCCAGCUCAACCGGUGACCCCCGCUCAACCCCUGACCCCAACUCAACCCGUGAUCCCAGUUCCACUGGUGACCCCCCCCCGACCCCAACCGGUGACCCCAGUUCAACAUCCCCCUUUGGCCUCACCCCAACCGGUGACCCCAGCCCGACCCCAACCCGUGAUCCCGACCCAUCUCCAACCCCCGACCCCGCCACCACCUUUGACCCCGUCCCAGAUUUCCACCCCGACCCGAUCUCAACCCCCGGCCCUGCCCCGAACGCCGACCCCCGGGCAACCUUCGACCCUGCCCGGGACCGCGACCCCAGCCCGACCUCAGGCUUCGAUCCCGGUGCGGACGUCGUCGACGGCCCUGCUUCAACCCCCGCCGCCGCGACCCUCACCUCUGACCUUCGCCCCCUCCCCCGCCAACCUGGCCCGAACCCCGCCCCCCGCUCGGCCCUUGACCCUGGCCCUGGGCCGCACCUCUUCCCCCGCCCUGCUCCAACCCCUGACCUUCCCCCUCCCCCCUGACCCCCACCCAAAACCCGGCCCGAGUGUCCCCGCCGCGACCUCCCACCCCCAGCCGGCCCCCGUGCCGGCCCGACCCCUGACCUCUCCCCUCCCCCACCCCUCCAAGCUCAACCUCCCCUAUUUCCUGAUCCAGUCCCGGCACCUGACUCCUCGAUCAACCCGGCGGCCAAUCACUUCUCCCCUGCCCGUCUCCCCCCUCGCGCUCACCUCCUCUCCCCCCUCCCCCAAGAAGGAGGCUGCCUCCGCGACCCCUCACCCCACAGCCCAUCACCCCGCACCCACUCACCCCGCGGCCCCUCACCCCUCCGCCCCUAUUGUCUUGACCUUGCACGCUCGCCCCUUGGCCAUUCACCCUCACCAACCCUCGACCUCUCACCCUUCAACCCCAGCUCCCUCGUUACCCCCUCAAACCUCACGUACUCACCCCCCUCCCUCCACUCCCUCUCCCGUGCAACCCUUGCACACUCAGUCCACUGCACCAGCACCCUUGCACACUCAAUCCUCCCCCUCCCCUGUGCAACCCUUGCACACUCAGUCCUCUGCACCCGCACCCUUGCACACUCAAUCUCCCUCUCCCGUGCAAUCCUCUCAGUCUCCACCACACGCUCGGUCCUCUCCCGUGCAAUCCUCACACACUCCGUCCUCUCCACCACUGCCCUUGCACACUCAGUCCUCUUCUUCACCAGUGCAGCCCUCUCACACUCAGUCCUCUCCCCAAACCGUGCACACUCGCCCCCCUCACUCCCCGCAACCCUCCAACACUCACUCCUCCACCCCUCAGCCCCACCCCACUACUGCCCCUCCACAGCCCUCUCACGAUCACCCCUCAACGCCUCACACUCAGCUCACUCCCUCCUCCACACAACCCUUACACCCUCACCCCACUCCCGCCACACUACGACUCUCGCACACCCCGCCCUCUCCCUCCUUCCCACAACCCUUGCUCCCUCCCUCAGUCACACCCCCGUCCCUCCACUCCACAAUCCUUGAACACUCACGAACCACCCUCCUCACCACAACCUUCGCACACUCACACGCCAGUGCCGCAGCCCACGCACACUAG